AUGAAUCCCAUCCGCUCUGCUUUUUCACUCCUCCAUGCACCUUUCGCAGCGUCAUCACGAAACGCGUGGAGGGGUUUGAUAAGACGGCAGUGUCGCCAAAAUACCCCUCAAGUCCGAUCGUUUACCGCCAGACACGGACUCUACUCUGCUUCCACCCUGACCGUCAACCAGCAGCGACUAUGGGACACCCUACACCACACCGCACAAUGGGGAGCGACGCCCGAAGGAGGCGUUCGACGCCUGACUCUCACCCCAGAAGACAAGGCUGUCCGCGACUGGUUCGUCGACACAGUGCAGCAAUACGGGGCCACGGUCAAGGUCGAUGAGAUGGGGAAUCUCUUCGCCAUCAGACCGGGCCAAAACAACGACAUUGCCCCCAUCGGCAUCGGAUCCCAUCUGGAUACCCAGCCCGCAGGAGGACGAUACGAUGGCAUCCUGGGCGUCCAAGCUGGGGUCGAGAUCCUCAAAGUCUUGCACGAAAAUAACUACACCACCUACGCCCCGAUCGCUGUGAUCGACUGGACGAACGAGGAAGGGGCCCGUUUCAAUACGGGUAUGUUAUCCAGCGCUGUAUGGGCGGGCAACGUGUUGUUGGAAGACGCAUACAACCACAUAGAUUCGGAUGGCCUGCGCUUUAAAGACGAACUCGCGAAGAUCGGAUACCUUGGACCUGUCAAGGCCACUCACACUGCAAACCCUCUCUCGGCUCAUUUUGAAUAUCAUAUCGAGCAAGGUCCCGUUCUGGAAGAAGACGGCAAGUCCGUCGGCGUCGUGACUGGAGUUCAAGGAAUGACCUGGCUCAUGGUGACGGUAAAUGGGCGAUGUCAGCACUGUGGCACCACGCCGAUCGAUCGACGAGCCGACGCUCUUCUCGCAGCAGCGCAGAUGAUCUCUCGCAUAAAUACCGUCGCCUGGGAACACAAGGGCGUGACCACCGUCGGGGUCAUCAAUUCCGAACCACAGUCGCCCGGCACGAUUCCUGGAACAGUCACUUUCAGCGUCGACAUUGAACAUCUCUCCAACCAUACUCUGGACAAGAUGGCCGAUAUCGUCCGAGAACUGUGCGCCUCGAUAGCGGAGAGUAACAGCUGCACCGUCGAUAUCAAGCAGAUCUGGAGGAGUGCCGGGGUCGAGUUCCACAAAGACUGCAUCGACGCGGUGCGGUCGUCGGCGAUCGAGCUCGUGGGUAAGGAUGGGUAUCGAGAACUCCCUGCUGGGGCAGGCCACGACAGCGUCAACACUUCGUACAUCUGUCCCACGUCGAUGGUGUUUAUCCCGUCAAAGAACGGCAUCUCACACCACCCGACCGAGUAUUCCACACCCGAGCACUGGUAA